AUGCAGCCGACCAAUCACGAGGCUUGCAAUUCGAGAUCCUCGGCAAUUCCUCCGACUCAGGUUUACAGCGACUCGAGAAUCCCAUACAUCAUCAUCAACCUCACCCUCCUCCACGCCCUCGAUACAGCCAACCCAAUUGAGCGCCGCCGACCGCAUAUUCAAUUCACCAUGGCCUCAAUUGUGCGUCCCUCUCUGCUCAGGCAGACCGUCCUGGCUUCUCGAUGGGCCGCUGCCCCCUCCGUCGCGACCCGAGGCGUCUUCAUGAAGCCCAUGGGUGUUGCUGCUUUCCACAACUCUGCCCGACGGAGUGCCAUUCUCCCUCCUGGUCCUCAGCGAAUCGAGGGCGGCGUCAACGACCCUGCCCCCGUUCCUGAGCCCAGCGCCGCCCACGGCUCCUACCACUGGUCCUUCGAGCGCCUCCUCGCCGCCGGCCUCGUUCCCCUGACCAUCGCCCCCUUCGCCUCUGGCUCCCUCAACCCCACCCUCGAUGCCGUCCUCUGCAGCGUCCUCCUCCUCCACUCCCACAUGGGCUUCCAGCAGGUCGUCAUCGACUACAUCCCCAAGCGCACCUACGCCGGCCUCCGCAGGACCUUUGACUGGCUGCUCAACAUCGCGACGGUGAUUGUCGGCGUGGGACUGUACGAGUUUGAGACCAACGACGUCGGCAUCACCGAGGCUGUUAAGCGAAUUUGGAAGGCAUGA